GUCGUUGACAAAUACAGAAACACAGAAACCAACGACACCAUUUCCAAUUCAAUCACGAAGUUUCGACCCGUACAAUGCUCCGACACCUGCUGCCACUUCUAUUGCUCUUGUUAUGCUCCAACUCGAUCGGACGGGUCAGCUCGCACCAAGAGUCGGGCGAGUGGAGCUGCGAGGCCGACUCGGAGAUUCAAGUGGAGGCCGAGUUCAGGCCCGGCCUCGUCACCGUCGACGGCCACGCCGACGACUGGAAGGACAUUGAUGGCUUCGAGUUCCCUCUCCGCCCUGCUCUCGACCCAGAUGAGGACAAAGAAUACAAAGGCGGAAAAGUGACCGUUAAGGCUUUGCACGAUGGUCAUGAUGCUUUCUUUAUGGUACAAGUUGAUGGGGACUAUGUGUACUCUAAAGGUACUAGCAACAAAUGCCCUUCUGUUGCUCUCAUGUUUCAAAUUGGAGAAAGUGCCACCUACCAUAAUAUGGGUGGAUGUUCUGAAGGGAGAGCCACAUGCAACAGCAAGUCUUGCAAAGGGCAUGAAGUUGAUAUGAUGCACUUCUCAAUUGGAAAUGCUAUUCCAGGACGGCUCUAUGGUGGCAACCCGAUAGACAACAGGGAUGGAUAUGGCGGUGACAGGUUUGGCCAUUUGGUUGACCUUUAUGCGUGGACCCCGCACUGUAGAUACCUUGAUGGACUUGGCCCUUCAGGAAAUGAUACUAGUGCACAGAAUGAUUGGAAAGGCGCAUGGUGGCACAGUAGCUUCACUACUCAUUCUGGUUUUAUAGAGGAAGAUAGUCCAUAUGCUUCAGAUGGUAAAAAAGGCACAUAUUAUUUUGAAUUCUCUAGACCUUUGAGAACAAUGGAUCGUCUUCAACAGGAUGCUCAGUUCACAAUUGGUGGAUCAAGUAAGAUGUCAGUAGCAUUCUGGUAUCCGGUUGAUGGACAACCAUGGCAUGGUUCUGGACACUAUUCUAUUCACUGUGAUUGGGUACCCUUGGAAAUCUCUUCUGGAAAUUCUAAGCUCACCAAGUCUGCAACAAUUGGCUCCGCCAAUGUUUCCAGUGCCUUUGCCCUUCUGGUAUCAGUAGCCUCUUUAUGCCUCUCUUUUUUUGUUGGUUACAAGCUUUUCAGAACCACUACUGUAAGGCCCUACACAACCAUGGACAGCAACCUUUAGCAUAGCAGUGUGUUUGCAAUUGUAGUUGUAUCAUGUACUUCUAGGUUUGUACUUCUUGGUACUUCCACUUACAUUCCAUUUUUUAUUGGAUUAAGGUGUUACUUUAUUACACCUUAGUGGGUUUUGUCACUUGUUGCAAAAGGCAUUAACCUUAGAAGUUCAUAUUUUAUCUAAAGGAAAUUUGGUCGGGGGAAUU